UUGAGGCGCGGGGCUCCCAGCAUCAGGCCCCGGGAUGCUAAUGAGGGCGAGCGCGUUCCCACAGCCCGGACAUUGUGCCGCGCGGCCCACCUGCUCCUCGGGGAGCGCCCAUUGUGCCCGCGCCAAUUCACAGGCAAUUUAGCGUGCGCUAAUGGGCUGGCGCCUUUGUGCGGCCCGCGCCGCCAUUGGCCGCGGAGUGUGGGAACGGCCGCGGCGCCCGGGCCCCAGGCGCCAGCCCGCCGCCCGCGCCUAUAUAGGGGCCGGGGCCCGCGCCAGCACGGGACGCGCCCGCUCCGCUCCCUGCUUCCUCGCCUCCUCGCCUCUCCCCGCGCCAGGCAUGGCCCCCAGCACCGUGGCCGUGGAGCUGCUCAGCCCCAAAGAGAAAAACCGACUGCGGAAGCCGGUGGUGGAGAAGAUGCGCCGCGACCGCAUCAACAGCAGCAUCGAGCAGCUGAAGCUGCUUCUGGAGCAGGAGUUCGCGCGCCACCAGCCCAACUCCAAGCUGGAGAAGGCCGACAUCCUGGAGAUGGCCGUCAGCUACCUGAAACACAGCAAAGCCUUCGCCGCCGCCGCCGCCGGCCCCAAGAGCCUGCACCAGGACUACAGCGAGGGCUACUCGUGGUGCCUGCAGGAGGCCGUGCAGUUCCUGACGCUGCACGCGGCCAGCGACACGCAGAUGAAGCUGCUCUACCACUUCCAGCGCCCGCCGGCCGCGCCGGCCGCGCCCGCCAAGGAGCCCAAGGCGCCUGGCUCCGCGCCCGCGCCCGCCCCGGCCAAGGCCGCCGCCGCCGCUGCGCGCCAGCCCGCCUGCGGCCUCUGGCGGCCGUGGUGA